CUUUUUCUUUCUUUUUUUCUUCAAUGCUCCAUACGGAGUAUAACGGCGAGAAUGCGGGUGUUGCUUGGCCUUGUGGUUUGGCGUUUUUUCUUCUUCUCUAUCAGGGAUGGUAUUCGAUUCUACCAAGUUCAUUACAGACCUCUAGAGCAGCACGGGAUGGGAUUUUUGGACUCUCUCUAUUUACCGCUAGCUAAUAGGACAGGAGAAGAUGAUAUAUAUGUAGGAAAUGGAGAUUGUGCUGCAUGGGCAGCCAAGGCGAUUUUAGUGGAUGUAUGCGGUCUAGAACAGUAGAAAUCGUACGAAGGACUGGGAGAAUCAGUCCAUAAAGUGAGCAAUUUGAGUCAUUGGCAAUGGGGAAUU